GAGCCAAUAUUUGCAUGGGAACACGCAAUACAAGCGAAGAUGGAAAUCCAAUUCCUACGGCAGGUCGGAGAAGGCUCCAACGUUGACCGGCCCCAAGGCCACACAUCAUCUUAUCGCCAGGCAGCCACUCAAAACUCUCCCGCCCUUCCUUCCACCAUUCCUCGCCUCCAUCCAACUCUUCUACUUCACCAGUGUGUCUGCUCGCAGUAGUAGAUACCAUUCACUCUCCUCCACAGCCACAACAAAGCUUUAGGUGAGGCGCAAGGCCAUGGGAUGCGCGGGUUCCAAGGCCGGCUCGGACGUCGCCGUGGCCGACGUCUACCGCCCGCCGUCCACCAGCGUCUCGCUCUUUGACAUCAGCGCCGUCGAGGAGCCUUGGCUCAUCGCCACCAACAAGAGCAAGGACGCCGACGGUGAUGAAGCAGAGGACGAGGACGACGAAGAGACCGAUGGCGAAGAAGACGACGAGGAUGAGAAGCCUACCAACACCGUCGUGCCGCUCCCGCUCCUCGACAAGCUGGACGGCUUCGAGCUCGCCCCGGCCUCGUGGUCCGAGGUGAGCAAGGCCCUGGAGGACAUGAAGCCUGCCCUCAACUCCAAGCCAGCCAAUACCAAGCCUCCUCCUCCCAAGAAGAAGAAAAAGAAGAAGAAGCAGCAGCAGCUUAUUAAGCAAGAACCAGUUCAAGCGCAACAGCCACCGCAGCAGCAGCAACAGCUCACGCAGACGCCGUCCUUGGCUGCUGCGGACGAGGUUGGCAAGAAGGCGCCGCUGCCGACUCCCGCGCUUGGCACCGUGGAGGCUGCAGACAGGAAGCCUCCGCCGCCGGAGCUCACCGGCCGGCGCAUCGUGAAGGACAACCCCUUCCUGAUGCGCGACCGUGAGAACAAGGGCAACGUCGACGGCGCGCCUAAGUGGAAGAGGCGGGACCCGUUCGAGGGCUGCCCCGAGCGCCGCCCGCCCGGCGCCGCGGGCGGCGGGGUGGUGCUGUACACGACGACGCUCCGCGGCGUGCGGCGCACGUUCGAGGACUGCGAGCGCGCGCGGGAGCUAGUGGAGGCCUGCGCUGCGGCGGCGGGCGUCGAGGCCGUGGACGAGCGCGACGUGUCGCUGCACGGGGAGUACCUCCGCGAGCUGAGGGAGCUGGCCGGCGAGGGCGCGGCUCCGCCGCGGCUGUUUGUGAUGGGGCGGUACGUGGGCGGCGCGGGGGAGUGCGCGCAGCUCGCGGAGUCCGGGAAGCUGAGGGAGAUGAUGCGGUGGGCCAAGGCGCGAGGCGAGGCCUGCGCGGCCAAGGACGGCCGCGGGUGCGAGGGGUGCGGCGGCGCGCGGUUCGUGCCGUGCUGGGAGUGCGGCGGCAGCUGCAAGGUAGUGGUCGGGGGAGCCGGCGGCGAGGUGGUGAGGUGCGGCAAGUGCAACGAGAACGGCCUCAUGAUGUGCCCCAUCUGCCACUGAUGCACUGCAUGCCGCACUGGAUGAUGACGAACUUGAGUAAUCUGCACGCGCGCACGCGCGCAUGCAUUAUAUAUGAGCGUUCAGUUACAAUUAGUUGCAAUUUAAUUAUUUUAUUUUGCACGUACAUAUAUUGUCUUUAUUAUAUAUACAAUACGGAGUAUAUGUUAUUUAUAGUGUGUGCUUACAUCUUGUGUUGAUAUUUGAUACAGUGCUACUCAAGUUUGAAGAAUAAAUACCAUUAAUUAGUA